AUAUUCGGGACUGACUUGUAUCUUUCGAUGACCACGAACAGCCUCAAGAGCACUUGCUUGGCGGCCACCACAAGCCCAACACCAGCAGUGAAUUUCGGACUGAUACCAAUACAUGUACUACCAUUUCAGAGAGAGCCUUGGAGAGAUUCUAGCUAGCUAGCUAUUGCAGUUUGCGAACCACACAGAAACCGGUUUUGCCGAGCUAGCCAUCAGAAAAUCCAGGUUGCAUCGGCAUUAUCGUCUCGUCAACCCACGAGAAGCCGAUUUUCCAUAUCCCGCUUUGAGAGGCAUUGUGUGUGCCGCUACACAUAUUCUAUAUAUUUAUAUAUCUAGCUAGUAACAAUCAUGUUCCGCUGGAUCAAAGGAGGCAGCAAAGAAGGCGGAGGAUCCCUUCGCAUGUACAUCAAGUUCCGAGAACAAAUGUUUCGCCGAAAUUUUGAACCCCUCGCAAACAAGAGCACCCCCAUUGCCCUGUGGGAUUUGUCCCGCCAUGACGAUGCCAUUGACGCGGCCAAUUGUUCCGAAAGUGGACGCAUGCAAGGCUGGAGGAUAUCGGACGAUGGAGUGAUUGAUGGCUAUUCGCGAGGCCGAGUGUCCACAAUCCGAAGCAGUGCCGAUUAUCAACGGUGGAUGGCCGGGGAAGAAUUGAAAGAUGUCUUUCGCAAUUUCGAAGAGGAACGAAGAGCUAAAUUAGAAAAAGAAGAACGAGAUAAUGAGGAAGUUCUGGAAGAAGAUAUUGAUGAAGAUAUUGACGACAAUUCUCAGUUUGUCCCAUUUCUACGAUGGUCGGGACACAUUGAUACCACUGUGGGAUUGAGUUCUGAUGCCCAACGGUCUGGAUUUUGUGCCAUCCGUGCCCCUGAAUACCCCUACGGUGGAGCCAAUCUACAGGGUCUGUACAAUGCCUUGGAGAUUGUCUGUCGGACCGAUGGAAGACUUUACACUGUCAAUUUGCAAGUUGCCUCCUUUUUUCCCGGAGACAUGUACCAGGGAUACAUCAACGUUCCAGCCACUCAUCCCGACAAGGCCAAGAUAUGUACCAGAACGGGAGGAGAAUUUGAACGGCUGGUCAUGCCAUUUACCAAAUUUGCCUUGACGGCCCAUGGUCGGUUGCGAGAAAUGCAUCGGACACUGGACAGCAACAUUGAAGUACAAACGGUAGGCUUUACCCUCAUGGAUGGCAAAGAUGGAGACUUUCAAUUCGAUCUGGCACGGAUUCGAGCCGUCAACUUUGAUGGACACGGUAUAGCUGGAGAAGAGGGGUUGGACGAGCCAGUCAAAAUAGCUCGAUAAUUCUGUUUUUGGGCCUGCUCACCUCUUGCAACCGUACAGUAGCUUUCUAGAAGAGGUGUUCGAUGACGGACUCUGGAGUACAUACCGUACUGUACUGUACCAACAGCCACAAUUCAUUGUACCGGUACUGGCGCCAGUAAAACUAGAAAGCAUGAUACUAGAGCUGCAGGUGGUGUAACCUUACUCGGUAGCUGAAGCAAGCAACCUCAAGCUGCCGUUCCUUCGCUUGCUCCGUUUGGUCAAAAUC